AUGAUGUUUCGAGGCAAGGUGUCCGGCAGUGCCUAUGCCUUUGACGUUACAGAGCGGGAGCAUGAGUACCUGGUGCAGCGACUAAACCAGCAGGAUUUGGAUCGCAACCUCUGUGUGUCUACAAGCAGCCUCUUCAAGUGGAUGCAAGCUGCUCGCAUGGAGCUCGCAUGGCUGCAAGCUGGCUAUAAAAAUCUAUCCCACGUAGAGCCACAGCUACCGCGACGGCUCUUGGUGGCCUCUCAAGGGCUUCGAAUCAUCCGGCCCGCAGCGCUGUCUGAGGGACUUCACCGGUCGGUCCUUACCCGUGUCAGUAUCGGCAAGGUGGGCAAGACUUCAAUGGAGUUCCGCUACGAGAUUUUUUUCGAGGCCGACAAGGUCGCAGAUGGUUGCACUGUAAUGAUUUUCGCAACGGGGCCUCCGGGGAGUUUCACUCCAACUCCUGUUCCGGAGGAUCUGAAAGCCUUGGCGGCUGAGGGACUCGAUGCAUCUCCUGCAGAGCUAUCUCGCUCCGUUCCGGACCAGGUGCCUGCGAACGCCUACCGGACCAGGGCUUCGGUGCGCUUCUCGGACGAGGACCUGAACAAGCACGCCAACCACUCGGCUCAGGCGCGCUUCUUCGAGGAUGCCCGGGAAGAGCUGAUCUCAGAUACCAAGGCACCACCGGAGCUGCGAAGACUCGCAUCCGGUCACACCGAGGCCCUGGCCAUCACUUACCUGGCCGAGGCGCAUGCGCUGGAUGAGCUCGGGAUCUUUCUGGCCCCCAGCAAGGAGCCACUUGCCCUGGAUGUUUGGGUUCAGCGGACGCAGCCCGACCCCCGGCUCCUGGCAAAAGGACGGAUCCGUGUGGCCAGCGAGCGCUCCAGGGCCACCGAUUCUUUCACUGCACGCCUCUAA